GGCGCUUUGAACGUUGAAAAUGGCGAUUCAUCAUACCUGGAAAAAAAAAAUAAAAAAAUAUAUAUUAAUUAUAAUUAGUCACUUGAUUAUUUAUCAGGAAAAAAAAUGUCAAAGUGCAAAUUAAUUUAUCAAAUUGAAUCAACAACAUUAAAAUUAAAUUUUACAAUGAAAUAAUGAACAAGAAAAAUGUUGCAUUUUCAACUUGUUGAAUUAUUAACUCAUUAUUAUGACAGUAAAACAAGAUAACAACAAUCAUCACAGUGUAUAUUUCAAAUGUCAAAUUGUCAGCUGGUGUAUAUAUCAUACUGAAUGAUAGGAUACAAAUUAAAUAACAAAUAUUAUUAAUAAAUUUCAUUAAAAUAUAAAAAAUAAAACUUUUAAAAAAUGGCUGAUAAUGGAUUUGAGUCUGAUGUAAGUUCUCUGGACAAUUUAAAUAUCGAAGGAUUAAAUCUUGACAUAGAAGAGCUAGAUGAUGUUGAGUAUUCAAUCCCAGCUGUUGAUGAAUUGCCAACAUUGGAGAGUAUAUUAACUGAACAAGAUACCGGUGAAUUAUCAGGACCAGAUAUUGAUAUUAUUGGUCAAUCAUCAUCAGAACUAAUUGAUGGAAGUGAAACAACAAGUGUUGGUUCAUUGUUGUCAUUAAAUUCAUUAACACGUCAAUCAACAAAAAAUUCAGAGCUACCAUUAUCUGGUAUAAUAUUAAAACAUGCUAUAAUGCGUGGUAUAACAUCACAAAUAAAUUCAGCAAAUGAAAAAGUUAAUGCUGGUCUUGCAAGUUCAAUAUCAGCUGGUGGUGAUAUGAUUGUCAUUGGUACAAGUCAUGGUUUAUUAUUAUCAUUUGAUACAAAACAAACAUUAAAAUGGUGUAAUCAAGAUAUUAAAAAUCAAGGUGCUGUAUCAUCACUUGGUAUUAAUAAUGAUGGUACACGUUUACUUGCUGGUUAUGCACGUGGUAAUAUAUUAAUGAUUGAUUGUACAAAUGGUAAAGUACUAAGACUAUUAACAGAUGUACAUUCACCAGGUACUGCUGUGUUACAUGUUAAAUUUACAGAUUCAUCAAAACUAGCAUUAUGUAGUGAUAGUGGUGGUUCUGUAUUUGAAUUAUCAUUUACACGUACAAUGGGUGUACGUGGUUGUGAUAGUAAAUGUUUAUUUAGUGGUUCACGUGGUGAAGUAUGUACAAUUGAACCAUUAUUGCUAAAUUCAUUACCACGACAUCCAUUAAAAAAUUAUACAAUAAUAGCAUUAGCAACAUUAUCACGUGUAUUAGUUAUAUGUAUUAGACCAAGAAUGAGAAUAAUAUUAACACAUCCAUUAACUGGACCAGCAAAAACAUCACCACAAAUAUCAUGGCAACUUGUUGUUAUACAAACAUCUGAUUCAAAUAAAAUAAUUGAUCCAGUAUUAGCAAUAGCACGUGAUAAAAUAAUACAUUUUUAUCAGGUAUGUUCAGAGGCUGGUUCACGUGUACGUUUAUUACCAUUAAGAAGAAUGACAUUAUCAUAUACAAUAUGUAAUUUGCGAUGGUUAAAUACACGUUCAAUAAUUGUAUUUGAUAAUAAUGAAUGUUUACAUUUAAUUGAUGUUAGAACACAAGAAGAUUUAGAAAUAAUUGAUAUGAAUUCAGUUGGUAUAUCAUAUGCAUCAAGUUAUUUUAAAGGUUUAACAACUGGUGGUAAUGUAUCAAAAGCAAUGGCAGCAACUGGUGAAUAUGCAUGUUAUAAUACAAUAAUAACAUAUGGCAAUCAAUUAUUAUUACUUGGUACAAGAAAAUUACAUGUUGUAUUUAUAAGAACAUGGUCAGAAAGAUUAAAAUAUUUAACAUUACAAAAACGUUAUCAAGAUGCAUUAUCAUUGGGUUUAUCAUUUUAUCAUGAUAAAGGUAAAGCUGUUGUUGGUUUAAGUAGUAUGAAAAAAGUACGUAAAAGAUUAACAUUUAUUAAAACAAGUGAAAUAUUAUUACAAUAUAUUAAUGAAUUUAUAAAAACACCAAAUGAUUAUCAAAAUAAUAAUAAUGAUGAUAUAAUAUCAAUAUGUGUUGAUUAUGCUGUACAACUUGAUAAUACACAUUUAUUAUUUGGUACAAUGUGGGAUAUUAUUAAUCAUAUACCACAAUUAAAAAUUAGCUAUUUACAUUCACUUGAAGUACCAUUACUUGAUGGUAGUUUACCACCACGUUUACCACCAAUUAUUGCACAACAAUUUGUUGAACUAUAUGAUAAUGAAAAUCGUCUUGAUGCAUUACAAUCAAUUAUUGUUUUACUUGAUGUUGAUUGUCUUGAUAUACAUCAAGUUACAAAUAUAUGUAAAAAAAAAAAUUUAUGGGAUGCAUUAAUACAUUUACAAACAUGUACAUUAAAUGAUUAUUCAGCACCAAUACAUCAAUUAAUUCCAAUACUUGAUAAUUCAAUGAAAACAAAUAUAAAUAAUGUUAAUAAUAAUGAUAUUAUUAAACUUGGUAAUGCAUUAUUAGUUUAUACUAGUUGUUGUUUAGCUGGUAGAGGUUUUCCACGUGGUGAUUUAACAAAACAACAAUCACAACGUUCAAAAGCUGAAGUACAACGUGCAUUAUUAUCACAACAUACUAGUUUAGCUGAAGAUAAUGAACGUCAAUAUCCAUAUUUACGUACAUUAUUACGUUUUGAUACACGUGGUUUUAUUGAUGUUAUAUCAAUGGCAUUUCAAGAAUAUGAAUUUAAAACUGAAAUUGGAUUACGACAAAGACAAAGAUUUGUUGAUAUUAUGCUAAUAAUUGUCAUGCCAACAACACCAUUAACACCAAAUAAUCAUGAUUAUAUUGAUUGUGAUAAAAAAAUAAUUGUAUUAUUAUUUAUUUGUAAUGAAAUUAUAAAUAAUAAUAUAACAAUUGAACCAUUAAUAUUAAAUCGUAUUGUUGAAUUUAUAUGUAAUGAUAAUAAUACAAAAAUAAAAUAUGAUGAUAAGCUAAUACGUGAAAAUACAAUAUUAGAAUUAAUAAAUAAAAAAAAAUUAAAUUCAAUAACAGAUAAUACAUUAUUAAAAUUAUCAAAUAAAGCAAAUUUUUAUAGAGUUGCUGAAUUAAUAUAUACAGCUAAAGAUGAUUGGAUAUCUGUUUGUCAUUGUAUUAUAUCUGAUACAUAUAGAAAAUAUGAAGUAUGGCAAUGGCUUGAUAAAUUAAAUAUAAAUUCAUUUAAAUUAGUUUUAUUAUCACAUAUUGAAAAACUCAUUGACAUUGAUACUGAUCAAGUAUCAAGUUUAAUAUCUAGUCGUACACCUAAUGAUAUUGAUCAAAUUAUUAAUAAAUUAAAUAAUAAUAAUUAUGAAUAUAAAUUAUUAGCAUCAUUGUAUAAUAUUAGUCAAUUUAAAGAUGAUGAUGAUGAUGAUGACGAUGAUGAUUGUAAAUUUACAUUAACAACUGAAUUAUUAGAAAGAUAUUUAUUAUUAAUGUGCCAAAUUGAACCAAAUAAUGUUGUUAAUCAUAUUGCUAAUGGUUUACAUGGUUGUCGUCUUGAUGAAGCAUUAAAAAUUGUUAAAAAUUAUCAACAAAAUAAUGCUGAAGCAUUGAUGCUUGAACAAAUGGGAAAUUAUCAAGAUGCAUUUGAUAUUUUAUUAAUUAAUUUAGAUAAUUCAUUAAGUAUUUAUAAUGAUAGUAAUGAUGACAGUGAUGUUGUUAAAUCAACAAUACAAAUAUCAAAUUUAUGUAGAAGAUCAGCUGGUAAUCUUGAUUGGAUGCCACUUGUUGAAACUGUAUUAAAAUCAAAUAAUAAUUGUGAAUUAUUACGUGGUAAAUUAUUAAAAAUCGUACUUGAAUCAUUAAGUGGUACUGAUGCAUUAUCAAAUGUACUUGAAAAAAUAUUAAAACAUCCACUUGCAACAUCUGGUACUAUUGGUGAUAUACGACAAUUGCUAACUGGUGUAUUAACACAUUCAAAAUAUGAACAAGUACUAGUUGAAACAACUGUUAGAUUGGUCAGUCUAGAAUUACAUGAAGCACUUAAAAAAACACUUGGUAACUCUAAAAAAGCAUGUGCAAGUGUAUCAUUGACAUGUCCAUCAUGUCGUAUUUCAUUGAUUAAAACAAAAGACUACAAUGUUUUUUUUAGCUGUGGACAUGGUUAUCAUUUAAAUUGUCUAAAUGAUAAAAAACAUUGUUACAAAUGUCUCAAUGAUAAAGGCUGGACACCAAGUGUUAAAAAUUUUAAUAUACCUGAUGAAAAAUUACCAAUUAGACCAGACAUUAUUCCACCAGAAUUUAUGAGAAAGCGAGAUUUAACACUUAAGCUUGCAGCUCCAACAGUCAUUCCAGAUUUAGAUGAUAUUUUAUAAAUAAAUAAAAAAAAAAUACAAACAAAGUUAUAUUGUAAUAUUGUAAUAAAUAAAAAAACUUAUAUGUUGAUGAAA